AUGGAGAUUGCGGGUCAAGCAGAGGUAGAAAAGCGGGCGGUGAUUCAAUAUAUUAUUGAGGGUAUCGCCGAUGACGCAACAAACAAGUCCAUAUUAUAUGGAGCAACAACUAUCAAACAGCUUAAAGAACGCUUUGGCCAGUACGAAAACAUGAGGAGAGAAAUGCAAGGAAAAACAAAAGCAGCAGAACGAAAAGGCGACGGCAAAAGCUUCCCAAAGAAACCGGCUACAGUGAUAGAAUACGCGAAGCCGAAACGGUGUUUCAACUGUGGUGAAACAAACCAUAUAAGUGCAGACUGUCCGGAAAAACAAAAGGGCGUAAAGUGUUUUAAGUGCAAUGAGUUUGGGCAUAUAGCAUCUAAAUGUCCCCCGAAAUCCGAAGAAACAAUUAAAGAAAUUAAUGUUGUUUCACGGCAGGGUGAGCAAAAGUACAUGAAAGCGGUACUGAUAGGGCAACACAAGUUUGCAGCACUAGUAGAUACGGGUAGUGAUUUGACUUUCAUGCGAACGGACGAAUAUGUGAAAAUCGGAUCUCCCGCCUUGCGAGAUCGUAAAGUUAAAAUAACUAGAGAAGUAGAAAACAUAGAUGGUGGAGCCGAUGGCUUCGAGGAAAGCGUUCCACCCGCACACACGGCAUACGAUUCGUCCAGGAGGGCCCUGAAAAUGAUGCCGUCUAGAUCUGCACCCAAUCUUCAACAGCAACAGAAGCAACAGCAGAAACAGUCCACGAUCUAUACGUAUCUUCAAAAUGUAUGUUAA